CAAACUUCAAACACGUAGCUGCAGUCUCUCCAAGCAGAGAGGAAGACAGACUGAGAUGGUGGUGCACGUCAGGAGUCUGAGAGCACACCCUCAGUGUUCAGGAGUGACAACGAAUGACUCCUCUCAAGAAGAAACCACAUGUUCUCAGAAACGCAAACCUUCUCAGAAGGAACGGAUGCUGCUCUCGAAGUUCUCCAUUGGUGGUCACCUGUCCCCAUGGCCUACAUAUGUCAGUGGACAGAACCUUCCAUACAAUCGAAAGCCCUGUUCAGAAGAUGGUCGGAAGCGAGUCAAUAGCUGGCAGCAGCAUCCCUUGGGCACGUCCAAGCCCAAGUACCUGGAACAGCUGGAGAACUACCUACGCAAGGAGCUUAUCAUGCUGGACCUGGGCACAGAUACCACACAGGAGCUGAAGCUACAGCCUUAUAGAGAAAUCUUUGAGUUCUUCAUAGAGGAUUUCAAAACAUACAAGCCACUGCUAUCCUCCAUCAAGAAUGCAUAUGAGAUGAUGCUGGCCCACCAAAGGGAGAAGAUUAGAGCCCUGGAGCCCCUGAAGGCCAAACUCAUCACUGUGAAUGAGGAGUGCAAUGAGAGGAUCCUGGCCAUGAGGGCUGAAGAGAAGUAUGAAAUUGCCAUGCUCAAGAAAGAGAAGAUGAAACUGCUAAAACUCAUUGACAAAAAGAAUGAGGAGAAGGUUUCAUUGCAGAGUGAGGUGUCCAAAUUGAAGAAGAGCUUGGCUGAGGAGUACUUGCGCUACCUUACUGAGCGAGAUGCCCGCAAGGUCCUCAUUGGGAGCCUGAAUGAGCUGCGGUACCAGAAGGAGGACAUGUCCCUUGCCCAGUCUGCAGGUGUCUGGGGAGAGGACCCUGUGAAGCUAACAUUGGCUCUGAAGAUUACCCGGCAAGACCUGACCCGUACACAGAUGGAACUCAACACUAUGAAGGCCAACUUUGGAGAUGUUGUACCCAGGAGAGACUUUGAAAUGCAAGAGAAGACCAACCAUGAUCUUCAAGAGCAGCUGGACAGCCUGAAAGCUGACUAUGAAGAGGUCCGCAAGGAGCAUGAGUUAUUGUUGCAGUUGCACAUGACCACAUUGAAAGAGAGGGACCAGUUCUCUUCUGAGCUGCAAAACAUCCACCGCACCUCCACGCCACGACCUGAUUGGACCAAAUGUGAAAAUGUUGUGGCAGGGGGCCCAAAACGCUGGCAAAUGCUAGCUGAGGGCAAGAACAGUGACCAGUUGGUGGAUUUGCUUCUGGAGGAGAUUGGAGAGGGACUGCUGCGGGAGAAAGACUUCUUCCCUGGUCUGGGUUAUGGGGAAAGCAUUCCACCUUUCCUUCGGAUUGAUGGUCCUGUGGAGAACAAGAAGCCAAGCAAGAAAUAUGUGGUAAACCUUCUCAAGGAUGCCUGGAAGGAACGUCUUGCAGAGGAACAGAAGGAGCUGUUUCCAGAUUUCUUCUUCAAUUUCCUGGAGCGUCGUUUUGGGCCCGAUAAUGCUGUACCCUGGGCCUACACUAUUUUUGAAAAUAUCAAGCUUUUCCGCUCCAAUGAGGUCAUGAGUCAGUUUUAUGCAGUCCUGAUGGGGAAGAUGUCAGAGAGUGUAUUUGUCAACCAGAAGGAGACAGUAGCCCAUCUGCUGAAGGAGAUGACAAAUGCUGAUAGUCAGAAUGAGGGGUUCCUCACCAUGGAGCAGUUCAGUGCUAUCCUCAAGAAUACCUUUCCCCUCAAGAAGGAAGAGCAAAUUCAGGAGCUGAUGGAGGCAGUGACCUGGCAUUCUAACGGCAGCAAUGCAGAAUUGGUCGACUACCAUUCACUGUUUACAGAGAAUGAGGAGGGCCAGAGUAAUCACUUUACAAAAAAGCUGUGGGAACAGUAUGAGAAUGAAAAAAAACUGUACUUAGGAGAACUCAAGGAGGAACUGCUCCGGGAUCACAAUGAAGGAGUGAGUCUACUGAGGCUGCGUGAGGCCCUGAUGAAUAUUGACCCCAGUCUGGACAAGCCGACUCUGAGUGCUUACCUGAGCCAGGCCUUUCAGCUCCCUGUGUCAGAACUGCCAGAGGAUGACGAUGAGAAGCAGGGGACCACUGUGACCAAGCUCCACAUUAUACUUGAACGGCUUCAGAUGGCAGAUGUCAAGCGCAUGGGACCGCGGGAGCAAGAGCCAGCAAGCUAG